AUGGCCAUGAAGCUGGAGGAGUGCUUUGAAGGAGUAAAAGGGCUUCAAAGAGAGUGGAAGGAGGUAACUGGCAAAGUAACAGAAGAGGCGGUUAAUUGUGGUGAGGAAAGUAAAGCUUGGGGCGAAAUAGCCCGUAGUUUUGGAGUGAGCAUGCCAUGUAAAUUGGCGGAGGUGCUAGUGGCUGCAAAGCAGGACGCUGAGUUAGUAGUGGCGGAGGAAUGCACUUCAAUCAGAGGUGUAAUUAGAAAAUAUCCGGCCGUGGGCGGCAAAUCGGCGUGCCGAUUUGUGAACACUAAUCAGUGCUGCGAACAGUUUAUCGGUUGCAUACGCUGCUUCUCAACACGCACGUGA